AGAAAGUCAAUGUAGAGCUAUUGUACAAUCUUCCUUAAAAUUGUCAAUGCAAUGAAGUCUUAUCAAUCCAAGUCUUUAAGCUACAUCGAGGUCAAAACCAAAGUUGCUUCCAUUCUCCGUAAUCACGACGUUUUAGUCCAAGAGUUUCAUCAGCUUAUAUCGGAUUUGGCUACAUAUGAGAAGAAUUGUAAUGCGGCGAAAUCAGACGUGGAACGCACGGUUGAGUUUUUGAACAAACUCGAAGGUUUGGGGAAGGGUUUACACGGUGCGUUUCUAAAUGCGUUGGUGUUUGGCGGUGAUAUCGUAGCUUUGGUUGAACAACUUGACGUGAUUUUACACGAUCACGAGUUUCUGAAAGAAGAGUUCAAAGCGUUUUUAAUCGAUUCCCGUUUAUAUAAAAAACCAUGAUUGCUACAUUGUGAAUCUCGUUAUUUCU